CAAACUGCCAGAUUAUGUACAAAAUAGAAAGAAGUUUUUCAACUUGCAGUGUAAGGAAAUGUUUCUCCAAGAGUAUCUCCCAAGCGUUUGUCAUCUUUAUAUGCAUGUAUAUUUUGUAUACACUUAGACUUGUUUCCAAAACAGUUGGCACCGGUGACAUAAUAACAGUUGGGCCAUACAGUGAUCAGUUCUUGAUACCAGACGACCAACAACUUGGGCGAUUAUCGGAUAUCCAGCUUAUGGAUGUUUUCACAAAGUACAUCAACUCGUUCCAGAUAAUGUGCAGAAAUCACAAGAGAAUAGGGGUAAUAACUGACGGUGGUAAGGAAGUAUGCGUUGACGAAAUUAUCCGCCCGAGAUCACCGUGCCUCGUUUAUUCGUUUGGUUCAAACAACAAAUUUGACUUCGAAUAUAAACUAAUCAAGCAAUUUGGGUGUGAAGUUUUAACCUUUGAUCCGACGAUGGGGUCAUUGGAUAGAAAGGAUAUGAGAAUACCAAAUAGUUCCAAGUUCUAUGAGAAAGGAUUGGAAGGUGUUGAUAUGCCGGAGAAAAAUCUGUUCACACUUGGAACAAUUCUACAAGAAUAUGGACACUCUACGAGGACGCUUGAUUUGUUAAAAGUUGACGUAGAAGGAUCAGAGUGGUCUGCCUUUGAAGAAAUGAUGACGUCAGGAACGCUGGCAAAUGUUCGCCAACUUCUCGUCGAAUUUCAUUUUGACAAAGAAAUGAGAUACGAGAAGAUAAGACAGUUAAGAGUGUUAAGAAAACUUUAUGAUUACGGUUUUAGAUCAUUCAGCAGGGAACGAAAUCUAGGAGGAGCCAAAUUCUACAAAGACCUUGGUUAUUCUGUGGUUUUCAACGUUGAGAUAUCAAUGGUUAAUAUAAGAUUUCUGUGAAGCGUGUAACGUUCCGAAUAUAAUAUUUAUUUAUAAUUUAUUUAAAUGUUAGGCCUAUCUUUAUUUUGU